CCGGCUCCCAGCACCAGCCCGGGUGCUCUCCGCCCGCUUUCAGUUUCGUGCGCAGCGCGGCGGGGCAGGAGCGGGGCAGGAGCGUGGAGGAGCCGGAGCGCGCGGGGACCCUACCCAAAGAAGCAAUGUGCAAAUCCAGCUCAGAGCAUAGGACUUGGCUCAGGAACUCAUGAGACCGUCUCUGCGGACACCCUAGAACAUCUAUGAUGAACCAGGAGGCCAAGGCUGGCUCCUCAUGGACCCUGAUAGCCUCCAGCUGGGCACCGAGCACCUGUGGAACUGGCUUGUGAGGCUGCUCAGCAAAGACUCAGGAUGGCUGAAUGCCAAGGUGAAGUUCUUCCUCCCCAAGAUGGACGUGUGCUCCGGGGACAAGGCCCAGGAUGCCACACAGGGGGUCAUUCUGCAGCUGAGAAGACUGCACGCUCAAGGCCGGGCCACAUGGCAGGCGUUCAUCCACUGCGUGUGCAUGGAGCUGGACGUGCCACUGGACCUCGAGGUGCCGCUGCUCAGUACCUGGGGCCACGGAGUCGCGUUUCCCAGCCAGCUGGAGGCCGGUGAAGAAAGCCAGCCUGCCUCUCAGCUCCAGCACGGCCUCAAGCGGCCUCAUCAGAGCUGUGGGUCCUCACCCCGCCCGAAGCAGUACAAGAAGCAGCAGCUAGAGUUGGCCCAGAGGUACCUGCAGCUACUGAAGACUUCCACCCAGCAACGCUAUGGCAGUAAGAUCCCCGGGCCAGGGCAACCCCUAGCCUUCCACCAGGCCUAUAUCCCCCCAGUCUUGCAGUGGAGCCGGACCCCGGCACCCUUCCGCACCCAGGAGGGGAUGGCGCCGGGGGACCCCAAGGCAGAAGAUGGCACGGACGUGAGCAUCCGGGACCUCUUCAGCACCAGGGCCGACAAGGGCCCGAGGGUGACCGUGCUCCUGGGGAAAGCGGGCAUGGGCAAGACCACCCUGGCCCACCGGCUCUGCCAGAGGUGGGCUGACGGCCAGCUGGACCGCUUCCAGGCCCUGUUUCUUUUUGAGUUCCGCCAGCUCAACCUGAUCACACGUCUUCUGACGCUGCCCCAGCUCCUUUUCGACCUGUACCUGAGCCCCGAGGCGGGCUCCGACUUGGUCUUCCAGUACCUGGAGGAGAAUGCUAAUGGAGUCCUGCUCAUCUUUGAUGGGCUGGACCAGGCCCUGCAUCCCCGCUCCAACAGAGGGCAGGCAGGUCCUGAGGACCCAAGUCCGGCCCUUGCCCUCUUCUCCCGCCUCUGCCGAGGGACCCUGCUGCCCGGCUGCUGGGUAUUGGCCACCUCCCGCCCAGGGAAGCUGCCCGACUGCCUCCCUGCAGAGGCAGCCACAGUCCACAUGUGGGGCUUUGACAGGCCGCGGGUGGAGGAGUACGUGGGCCGCUUCUUCCCGGACCAGCCGGGGCAGGAGGCAGCCCUGGCGGAGCUGCGGGGCAGCAGACACCUCCAGAGCUUGUGCGCCGUGCCCGCGCUCUGCCAGGUCACCUGCCUCUGCCUCCUCCGUCUGCUCCCGGGCAGCCCGCCAGGCCAGUCUGCGGCCCUCCUGCCCACCGUGACUCAGAACUACGUGCAGAUGCUGUCCACCCUCGGCCCCCGUGGGUACCUGCCUCCCGAGGCCCUGCUGGAGCUCAGUGAGGUGGCCCUGGGCGGCCUGCAGACCGGGAAGGUCAUCUUCUCUGUAGGAGACAUCCGCCCGCCCACAAUGGCCUUUGCGGCUGCCCUCAAUUUGCUGACCACCUUCUGCAUCUGCACGGGCCCGGGGCACCGGGACACAGGCUACGCCUUCACCCACCUCAGCCUACAGGAGUUUUUUGCUGCCAUGUACCUGAUGGCCAGCCCCAAGGUGGACAGAAAUGCACUUGCCGGCCAUGUCACCCUCAGUUCUUGCUGGGUGCUGCGGACCAAAGCUAGUCUGGGCCUCCUAGACCACCUCCCCACCUUCCUGGCGGGGCUAGCGUCCCGUGCCUGCCGACCCUUCCUCAGCCUCGUGGCCCAGCGGGACGAGAUGUGGGUGAGUGCCAGGCAGGCUGUGGUGAUGCAAGCCUUGAGGAAGUUGGCCACCCGCAGGCUCACGGGGCCGAAGAUUGUGGCGCUCUGUCACUGCGUGGGUGAGACCCAGGAGCCUGAGCUGGCCGGUCUCAUGGCCCAGAGUCUCCCCUGUCACCUGUCCUUCCACAAUUUCCCACUGACCUACGCCGACCUGGCUGCCCUGACCAGCAUCUUGGGGCACAGGAACGCCCCCAUCCACCUGGAUUUUGAGGGCUGCCCUCUGGAGCCCCACUGCCCUGAGGCCCUGGUGGGCUGCGAGCAGGUCGAAAAUCUCAGCUUUAAGAGCAGGAAGUGUGGGGAUGCUUUUGCCGAAGCCCUGUCCAGGAGCCUGCCGACAAUGGGGAGCCUGAAGAAGCUGGGGUUAGUAGGAAGUAAGAUCACUGCCCGAGGCAUCAGCCACCUGGUGCAGGCUCUGCGCCUCUGUCCACAGCUGGAAGAGGUCAGCUUUCAGGACAACCAGCUUAAGGACUGGGCUGUGCUGAACAUCGUGGAGGUACUUCCUUGUUUGCCACAGCUUCGGAAGCUUGACCUGAGCCGCAACAAUGUCUCCGUGUCAACACUACUCUGCUUGACAAAGGUAGCAGUCGAAUGCCCUACUGUUAGGACCCUGCAGGUCAGGGAGGCAGACCUCAUCUUCCUUCUUUCCCCGCCCACAAAGACUGCUGCAGAGCUUCAAGGAGCGCCAGACCUGCAGGGAAAUGCUGGCCAGAGGGAAGCGGCUCAGAGUAGAAGCCUGACACUCAGGCUCCAGCAGUGUCAGCUCAGGGUCCAUGAUGCACAGGAGCUCAUAGUCCAGCUCCAGGAAGGCCCCCGCCUGGACAAAGUGGACCUUUCAGGAAACCAGCUGGACGAUGAGGGCUGUCGACUGAUGGCAGAGGCUGCCUCUCAGCUGCACAUCACCAGGAGUCUGGACCUCAGCGACAACGGGCUCUCUGUGGAUGGAGUAUACUGUGUGCUGAGUGCGGCGAGCACGUGCCGGACCCUGGCAGAGCUACACAUCAGCCUGCUGCACAAAACUGUGGUCUUCACGUUUGCCCCAGAGCAGGAGGAGCAGAAGGGGAGCUGGGACAGGACUGCGCUGCCGGUCAGCCUGACGUGCCAGAUGCCAUCUGAGCCGCCCCCGCACCCCGCGGCAAUCAGGCUGACACACUGCGGCUUGCAGGCCAAGCACCUAGAGCAGCUCUGCAGGGCGCUGAGAGGAAGCUGCCACCUCAGUCAGCUGGACUUCUCAGGCAACGCUCUGGGAGACGAAGGCGUGGCCCAGCUGGCUCAGCUCCUCCCAGGGCUGGGAGCUCUGCAGUCCUUGGACCUCAGUGAGAACGAUUUGUCCCUGGAUGUGGUGUUCAUGUUGACCCCAUGCUUCUCCACUCUGCCUUGGCUCCUUCACUUGGACAUCAGCUCUGACAGCCAGCGUGUCGUCCUGAGAGGUGACAGAAGAGGCAGGGAUCUAUUGGCUGGUGGGUCCUUGCCAGAGUUCCCAGCUGGAGCCCAGUUCUCGGCCUUUCAUCAGCGCUGCGUCCCCAGGAGCCUCUGCCUCAGGCAGUGUCAGCUGGAACCCCUGAGCCUCGCCCACCUCUGUGAGACUCUGAAGAAGUGUCCGGGGCCUCUGGAAGUCAAAUUGUCCUGUGAGGUCCUGAGUGACCAGAGCCUGGAGACCCUGCUGCACCACCUAGCCCGGCUCCCCCAGCUCAGCCUGCUGCAGCUAAGCCAGACGAAGCUGUCCCCGAAGAGCCCCCUCCUGCUGGCCGACUUCUUCAGCCUGUGGCCACGGGUUCGGAAGGUGGAUCUCAGGUCCCUGUGUCACGUGACCCUGCACUUCAGGUCCAGUGAGGAGCGGGAAGGCGAGUGCUGUGGCAGGUUCACGGGCUGUGGCCUCAGUCAAGAGCACGUGGAGCCGCUGUGUUGGUUGCUGAGCAAAUGUGAAGACCUCAACGAGCUGGACCUAUCAGCCAACAUGCUGGGUGAUGACGGGCUCAGGUGCCUUCUGGAAUGUCUGCCUCAGUUGCCUGUCUCCGGUUCGCUUGACCUGAGUCACAACAGCAUCUCCCUAGAAAGUGUCCUGGGCCUGGUGAAGACUCUCCCCUCCUGCCCACGCGUCCAGGAGGCCUCUGUGAACCUGGGCUCUGAGCAGAGCUUCUGGAUCCACUUCUCCAGACAGGAGGAGGCCGGGAAGACCCUCAGGCUGAGCCAGUGCAACUUUGGGCCAGAGCACGUGUCCAGACUGGCCACUGGCCUGAACCAGGCCCUAAAGCUCACAGCUCUCACGCUGACCCGGUGCUGCCUGGGCCUGGAGCAGCUGACGCAACUGCUGAGUCUGCUGAGGUGGCCAGUGGGGCUGUUCAGUCUCAGGGUGGAGGAGCCGUGGGUUGGCACAGCCGGGGUGCUUGCCCUGCUAGAAGUCUGCACCCAGGCCUCAGGCAACAUCACUGAAAUAAGCAUUUCGGAGACCCAGCAGCAGUUCUCUCUCCAGUUGGAGUUUCCACGUCAGGAGAACCCAGAGGCCGUGGCCCUCAGGUUGGCUCACUGUGACCUUGGGACCCACCACAACCUUCUUGUCUGGCAGCUGAUGGAGACAUGUGCCAGGCUGCAGCAGCUCAGCUUGUCCCAGGUGAACCUCUGUGACACCAGCUCUCUGCUGCUGCAAAGCCUCCUUCGGUCCCUGUCUGAGCUGAAGACAUUCAGGCUGACCUCCAGCUGUGUGAGCUCUGAGGGCCUGGCCCACCUGACGUCUGGUCUGAGCCACUGCCACCACCUGGAGGAAUUGGACUUAUCCAACAAUCCAUUUGUUGAGAAGGACACCGAAGUGUUGAUGGCGGUCCUUGAGGGGAUGUGCUGGCUGAAGAGGCUCGACCUCAGCCAUCUGCCACUGGGCAGCUCCGCCCUGGCCCUGCUCACCCAGGGACUAAGCCACAUGAGCGUCCUGCGGAGCCUCCGGCUGAGCAGGAACGGUAUUUGUGACGUCGGCUGCCUCCAGCUUUUGGAGGCUCUCAGAGCUGCCAGCAGCUUGAAGGAGCUAGGCUUGAGCCACAACCAGAUUGGAGACUUCGGUGCCCAGUACCUAGCUGCCAUCCUCCCCGGGCUGCCCGAGCUCAGGAAGAUAGACCUCUCAGGGAAUGGCAUUGGCCCAGCUGGGGGAGUGCUGUUGGUGGAGUCUCUCGCCCUCUGCGAGCACUUGGAGGAGCUAAUGCUGGGCUACAACGUCCUGGGAGAUGUCACAGCCCUGAGGCUGGCACAGAGGCUGCCCCACCACCUGAGAGUCCUACACCUGCCCUCUAGCGGCCUGAGCCUAGAGGGGGCGCUGCUCCUGAGCCAGGCCCUGGAUGGAUGCCCAUACGUGGAAGAGAUUAGCUUGGCAGUGAACAGUCUGGCGACAGGGGUCCCACAUUUCCAUCAGGGGCUCCCGCUGCUCAGGCAGAUCGACCUGGUUUCCUGUGAGAUUGACAAUCACGCUGCCAGGCCCCUUGCUGCCAGCCUGGUGCUCUGCCCCGCACUGGAAGAAGUCCUGCUGUCCUGGAAUCUGCUUGGGGACGAGGCAGCUGCAGAGCUGGCCCGGGUCCUGCCGAGGAUGAGCAGGCUGAAGAAAAUGGACUUGGAGAAGAACCAGAUCACAGCUUGUGGAGCCUGGCUCCUGGUCGAAGGGCUGGCACAAGGGUCUGGCAUCCAAGUCAUCCGCCUCUGGAACAACCCCAUCUCCCCCGACAUGGCCCAGCACCUGCAGAAUGAGGAGCCCAGGCUGGACUUCGCUUUCUUUGACAAGCAGCCGCAGCCGCCUCGGGGUAGUUGAUGGCCCCCCUCAAGAUCCUUUGAAUUCAGUCAAGUGAAGCCAACUUCCACUCACCAGGACAGUGGGCUCAGGAGAAGAGCCUCAGCUGGGGGCCCCUGUGUGCUGCCCCAGGAGGGAGGGGCACAUUGGUCUUGCUACGGUCUUCAGGAAGAGACCAGGAGCCUCGUGUGGCCAAAAGACUACCCCAUGUUGCAUGUGACAUGCGUGACCAGUCAGAGACAUGUCACACAAUGAAAGUGUUGUGAUGUGAUGGGCAACACAGAAGAUUACAUGUGGCAGAAUUCUAUGUGACGUUACGUGGAACUCGCAGCGUGACCUGUGGGUCAGUGGGAUAGGUCCUGGCACCACCACGUGGCAGCACACAUGAUCCGUGGUUUGCAUAUGACAUGUGACAGAUGCUCAUAUCAUAGGACUUGUGGCUGGCCAGAUACCCUCAGGCUGGUGGAAAAUCUAAUUUAUUACUUUUUAAAACCAAGUAUAUAUUUAUACGUUGCACUUUCAGAACAGCUAAGCCGGGGAAUGUUCUCCACCCAGAAGUGGGAUGGGGAGAGUGUCCAAGCACUGACUAGCCCAGUGGCCUGAGGGCCAAGCCCUAGACUCAGCACGAGGCUUUGGGAUGAGGCCCAUCUUGCCUCAAGCCUCAGUUUUCCCAUUUGUAAAUGGGACGACUCCCUCCUCUUAAACCCCAGCUUCCAAAGACUUUGGGUCCAGAUCUAGGGAUGGUCCUCGGGAACGGAUGGACCCAGUCUGACCUAUGUCCCGGAAAAAGCCUUGUCUAAGGAUGUGGGGUAGGUACUAUUGGGAUAAACAGGCAAGGCCACUGGGUUCAGACACUACCUCAGCAGGAUCCGGGUGAACUCCCAGGGGCUGCACGUGCUACCUAACAUUAUUUCCAGAAAGGCCCAAGGAUGGCCAUGCCACACUUGAAGCCAAAUUUGACCAAUAAAUGUGGAUGAUGUCCCAGCCUCUA